AUGUCACAAAUUGAAAUCAAGGAGCUGUUGAACGAGAGCAGGUUUCCCUCUGGAUGGAAACUGGUAUCAGUACUGAUUUACACACCUGUUGGAUUGUUGCUUGUGAUACUUAGACUAAUAGUUUGUCUGCAUCUCUGGCUGUUAGCGACAAUAUUACCAGACUGUCAAAGCUUGCGAUCGAUUUUAAAUCGUGGCCUCGCGUUCGUCUUUGGUAUCAUUGUUAAAGUCAACCAAGACAGUGAAAAGCGAGAUGAGCAGGCGCGCAUCGUCAUCGCCAACAACAUAUCUGCCUUGGAUGACUUUGUCCUGGCCACAGCUGCAAAUACGGUGACACCGAGCCUAUCGAACCUUCCAGAUUCACUGAGUAACGCUUUGGGUCUCCAAAAAAUGGACAUGAGCAGCAAAGACAACCUUGUCACCGAGAUCAAGCAGUUCCUAGCCAACUCUAAGAUCAAUAUUGCUCUGCAACCAGAGUUCAGUGCAACCAAUAGUCACAAGGCUCUGCUAAAGUUCAACACAUGGCCAUUUACUAUCGAGUCGACUAUUCAGCCUAUUGUCUUGCAAGCUAAGAGGCCAGAAUUCGUCGACAUACAGCUCACCUCUAUCGCCUCAACCUGGUGGACCGACGUCAUGUGGUUUAUGUUUGCUCCUUACACUAUUUUUACAGUGAAAUUUUUAAAAAUCAAACGAAAUACGGAUGCUGAUGUUCUUGUUAGAGAUGUGGAAAAGGAAAUCGCUGAUUCUCUGAAAAUUGAGACUAGUCAGCAUACAGUUUCCGACAAAACAGAGUACGAAAAACGUUAUGUUAUAGAAAAAUUACAAAACAGGGGUCCUCAGAAUCAAAGUGUGUCAAGCUCGCAAAUCGUUGCCAGCAUUGAAAUGCAAAGGAUGGCGAGACAAGUCAGUGAAGUGCUUCCAUUGGUCCCGCACAACGUUAUUCUUAGAGAUCUAUUAAAAACUAGAAAUGUUGACGUUACAAUUACCAAUAUUUUGGACGGUAUUGUUACUUAUACGCCCGAACCGGCGCCUACUACGGCUUCAUCCAGCAGUUCAAGGAGUAAGCCUUUGGUAUCAACACCUAUGACAAGUAUCACCAGUACAACAGCAUUAACUUUCCAGGAAAGGAAAGCAAAAAUGAUUGCAGAAGCAAGAGAAAAAUAUAUUAAGAAACAUGGUUUAAAAGACUGUUGACAGAGUUUAUAUAUGGGAAAGUUUGAGAACAAGUGUAUUAUAAGUUAUUAAAUGUAAUUAACUUGUUUUAAAAAUGAUUCUAUGUUUGUAAAUUUAUGAUUAAACGUUAC